CGGUGGAAGGGUGUAGUUUCUUUUUACCAGGGCCUUGCACACUUGGGGCCUUCACACUUCGAAACACUAGGGUUUCCGAUCCGAGCGGGGGGGAAUGGAGAACCUCGUCGCCCUCGUCUCCUCCUCCGCCGCUUCCUCCACAUCCCCUUUCCUCGUGGGCGCUCCGAACCCCUCCGCGAUCCCCGCCGCGCGGCGGCGCCCCUCGCCGCUGCAUCCGUCCCUCCCCCUUCCGGCGAGGGGAAGAGUCGGCGGCGCCGCCUCCGCCGCUGCUCGGAGGAGAGCGAGGUUUUUGGUGUCGGCAGUGAGCCUCGGAGGAGGCGAUGGUGCCUCGGAGAGGAGGAGCAGCUCCCGAAACGUGCUGGAGAGAUUAAAGAUUCAAGGUUUCGCAAGCAUAUCAUCUUCUAGCGGCAGCGAGGUGACAACUGCAAGCGGAACGGCGCCUCCUGUGCCUCCACCACCAUCGUAUAUAGGCUCUCCUCUUUUUUGGAUUGGAGUUGGUGUUGGGCUAUCAGCAUUGUUUUCAAUGGUGGUAACAAGGGUAAAGAGGUAUGCAAUGCAGCAAGCCUUUAAGACAAUGAUGAAUCAAGCAGCACCACAAAGUGGACAAUUCAACAAUCCUAUGUUUCCAGGAGGAUUACCAUUCCCAUUUCCUGCCGCAACACAAGCAGCUCCUACUAGCGUUUUAUCACCUUCACUACAAACACAAAAUACUUCACAACCACCUGUCACUGUAGAGGUUCCUGCAUCUAGAGUGGAAGCUGCGCCAUCUUCUGAAGUGAUAGAAGAGACUAAAACAACAGAGGAAGCAAAAAAAUUUGCUUUCGUCGAUGUUUCUCCUGAGGAAUUGAUGCAAAAGGAGCACAAAUAUUCAGAGGAAUCAGUACAGGAAAAUACUGUGACAGUAGAGUAUGAGAAAAAAGUUUCAACAAAUGGAGCUGCUUCUAAGCCAGACAGUGCUUCUAGUGAACAAUCUCAAUCUCGUAAAUCACCACCUUUCUUGUCAGUUGAUGCAUUGGAAAAGAUGAUGGAAGAUCCCACUGUCCAGAAGAUGGUUUACCCCUAUUUACCUGAGGAGAUGAGGAACCCAACUACUUUUAAGUGGAUGCUAGAAAAUCCGCAAUACCGGCAGCAACUUCAAGAUAUGCUAAAUAAUAUGGGCGGAAGUACUGAAUGGGACAGUCGCAUGAUGGACUCCUUGAAGAAGUUUGAUCUUAGCAGCCCCGAGGUAAAGCAGCAAUUUGACCAAAUAGGGCUUACUCCAGAAGAGGUUAUAUCUAAAAUAAUGGCAAAUCCCGAGGUUGCCACUGCCUUCCAAAAUCCGAAAGUUCAAGCUGCCAUUAUGGAUUGCUCGCAAAAUCCGCUUAAUAUUGCGAAGUACCAAAAUGACAAGGAGGUCAUGGAUGUGUUCACGAAGAUAUCGGAACUCUUCCCAGGCGUGACAGGUUACCCGUGACCGCUUACCUCCGCAUAAUCAGGCUCACAAUUUUGAUGGUUCUACUGAACUUGUUUCUCGGCUAAGAUGGUAGCGGCGCGGAUCGUCUCCAAGAUGUAUUGUUGUUUUUAUGCCUCAGCUGUUCAUGUAUAGCUCUUAUUAAGAAGUUUUCAGAUGGUAGUGCAUCAUGUAUUUGAAGUAGAUAAAAGAGAGUAAGUAGCAGAGAGAGCUCUGUAAGUUUACAAAGAGUAGAUAAUCUUAUUCUUCUAGCUCUGGUGGUCAUAACAUUACUAUGCUUGCCUAAGUCAAUAGUUGCAAAGUACACUCAAUUAGUUAGCUUUAUUUUCCUGCAUCUUAUUUUCUCCUCUUUCAAAGUUUAUUAAUGGGAAAGCUAAAACUAGUAAUCAUUGGGAAUUGAUAUUUCCAUCUCAAAAAUUGAUUAUGGAUUCCUUUUA